UGUGUGUGUGUGUGUGUAGCUGUGCGUCCUGAGAGGGAAACAGAAAAACAGAGUCUGGUCUCUUGGUCUCUCUCGGUGUCUCUCUACUCUACUUCAGAGUCUCUCUGUCUCUCUGUGUCUCUGUGUCUCUGUGUCUCUCUGUGUCUCUCUGUCUGUCUCUGUCUCUCUGUGUCUCUGUGUCUCUCUGUCUCUCUGUGUCUCUACUUCGGUCAUGAAAGAGAAGAUGGAGCAAUCGGCGUCGGGUGAUCGAGUUUUCGCCGCUGAAGCGAUCCAGAAGCGCCGCGUCCGCAAGGGAAGACUUGAAUACCUGGUGAAAUGGAAAGGAUGGGCAAUGAAGCACAGCACCUGGGAGCCAGAGGAGAAUAUUCUGGACGACAGGCUGAUACUGGGCUUUGAGCGGAAGGAACGGGACAGGGAAAUGCAUGGGCCGAAGAAACGGGGACCAAAACCCAAAAACGUUGUCCUGAAGGCUCGUGCUCAGAAAGGAGCGACCAGCAGCCGAGCCCCAAACGCCCGCCAGACUACACCUCGCUCCUCCACUUCCGGCCGAGCAACUCCUUCCUCCUCCGCAUCACCUCAUUUAGCGUCUUCUUCGUCCUCCUCUUCCUCCACCGUGGCUCCCUCUCCCAAACUCAAUUCCCUGGCAGCCACCCACAAGCUGAAGAAAGACAUUCACCGUUGCCACCGGAUGUCCAGGCGCCCUCUGCCCCGCACAGACCCCCUGGCGUCCUCCUUCUCCAACCCCGGCGGCUUCCCCUCCCGCGUGCACGUCUCCCCCUUCUCUGAGACCGUCCGCAUCCUCAACCGCAGAGUCAAACCCCGGGAGGUGAAGAGAGGCCGCAUCAUCCUCAACCUGAAGGUCAUUGACAAGCCAGGGAGGGGCGGCACAGCUGCAGGAGGCAGGAAUAAUACAACAGGACGCCAAAACAUCCCUUCCCGCAAUCGCAUCAUCGGGAAGAAGGGCGAGGCGCCCUAUAGACCUUUCCAGCCCCCUCUGAAGAUGCUUGGCUUCCCGAUGUACGGAAAGCCGUUUGGGCUGCAGUGUGGAGGCCCUAUCUCCUUCCACUCCCACCCAGGCUCCAGCACCGGGGCCAGGAACGCCCACUCUACUUCCUCCCGGUACCAGUUGUCGCCUCCUUGUCCUUCCAGCUCCACCAACGCCUCAGCUGCUCAGUCCCAGCCCGCCACAGGAGCCUCACCUUCCAGCGGGGCUCCCAAGUCCAGUAAACCUCACACGGAGAGCCAGAGUGCCAAGCCAGCUGCUACUCCCCCGUCCUCAGAUGCCAACCCUGCGGCGUCGGCAUCUCCUUCCCUCCCCUCCUCACCAUCAUCUUCCUUGGAAGACGAGGAGGAGGAGGACGGCGGCGUCCCAGGCCGUUGGACGACCCCAGAGGGAGGCAGGAAAAGUCCUCGCCAACGCGCGGCUAAACGCCAGUUGCCCGCCGCCCCUGCCUCCGUCACCCCCGGGGACCAGAGCUCUUCUGCCCCCGCCGAACCCCAAAGGGUGCCCGCCGAGGGAGACCCCAACUGGCACCCUGAAAUGGCGCCGAGCUGCAAGGACGUGGUGGUCACUGACGUCACCACCAACCUCGUCACCGUCACCAUAAAAGAGUUCCCCUCCCCUGCUUCCUGCCCUGCCUCACCCUCCGCCAGCCCCGAGAACGCCGCCUCCCCUCCCCCAAGCGCCACCUCUGACGACCCCUCUCCACCCAAGCCAGAGAGAGCGCAGCUUAGCAACACGGAGACGGAGAGGGAGCAUCUCUGGACCAGGCAGCCAGGCGGUGACAGAGGAAAGAGGACGGUGAGAGGACAGCAGCAACACCACCACCUGAUAAAAAAAACAUCUUCUGUAUUCAUCAUGAAGUUCGUGGUGGUUCUGGUCGGAGCAGGAACCCUGGCCUUCCUCGGUGCAGUCAUCUGCAUCAUCGCCAGUGUUUAUCCCCGGAAACGCGCCGCUCCUCUCAGCGACAACAGCACCCUGUCACCGGACUCUCUGCUGCUGGAGCCGCUGCUGGAGCCCGGUCCGCUGGGCGCGCUGCACGGAGCCCAGUCCUACGAUGGAGAGAACGGGCUCGGAGGAGGCGGUGGAGGCGGCAUCGGCCUGGAGGUUCCCACCUUAAACCAGCUCAACCUCGGGGAGGGGAAGCAGUUCAGCUUCAGCCGGUUGAUCUGCACGCCGGUACCGGUGGGAGAAUGCAAGAGCAAGGAUGUGAGACAGCAGCAGCAGCAGGCCGACGAGCCGCUGUUCGGAGCUGCAGCCGGAGGUGAAGACUGGACUUACCUCCGAACCACCGCCGAGGACCUCCGUCAGAUGGUCCUGCAGCAGAACGACCAGAUCCUCAUGGACCAGAGGACCAUCCGGGAGCUCACCGGGAAGCUGAGUGAGUGUGAGAGCGGCCUGGAGGACGAGAGGAACGUCCCGGAGCGGAGCAUCGGGGUGUGGAGCGGCAACCGGAGGGUCAUGGCCGGAGAUGAUGUGAGCUCCUCGGCGGCGGCGCAGCUGCAGACGGCCCGGGCUGUGGAGGAGCUGGCCAGGGCCAUCAUGGACCUGAAGGACCGCAUCGAGAAACUAGAGGCGGAGAUCGGCCCUGCUGCCUUGAACCUCACCGACGCGUCCGUGGGUACCACCACCACCACCAGCAGCACGACGACUGGUAACACUGCCAAGGCUCCCGCUCCGCCUACCGGCAGCACUUCCUCCCCACCUGCAGCAGCUCCCCCUGGGGGUCGCCGUCCUGCUGCCCCCGCCUCCCCGGCCCCCAAGCCCCCGUCUAAGGUCUCCCCCGGGCGUGGAAAGGGCACGUGGAGGGUGGAGGACCUGGAGGGGGAGCUGGAGAGGAAGAUAAAGCUGUUGGAGAAGGAGCGUCAGGCCAUGAGGAAGGAGACGCAGGGACAACACGAGAAGAUCAACCAGGGCCUCGACACCGCCAACCACCGCGUCACUGAGCUGGAACACACGCUGACAGAGCCGUCGUUCCCCGAUGGCUUCGUGCUCUCCUUCCCCAUGAGAACCAACUACAUGUACGGCCUGGCGAGGAAAGAGAUCACGGAGAUGUACGCCUUCACUGCCUGCGUGUGGCUGAAGGUCAAAGAAGGAGGCAUCGGCACCCCAUUCUCCUACUCUGUGCCGGGGCAGCCCAACGAGCUGGUGCUGCUACAGGGAGUCAACAAUCCCGUGGAGCUGCUCAUCAAUGACAAGGUGGCGCAGCUGCCUCUGUCCCUACCGCAGGACGAGUGGCAGCACAUCUGUGUGAGCUGGACCCUGAGGGACGGGGUGUGGAAGGCCUACCAGGGGGGGAAGAUGAAGGGCAGGGGAGAGGGACUGGCUGCCUGGCAUCCCAUCAAACCAGGAGGAGUCCUCAUACUGGGACAGGAACAGGAUACACUGGGCGGGCACUUCGAUGCCUCCCAGGCCCUGGUGGGGGAGCUUUCCCAGUUCAACCUGUGGGAUCGGGUGUUGAAGCCGGCAGAGGUCGCCGCCCUGGCCGACUGCAGCUCCUCAGCGCUGGGCAACAUCGCCCCCUGGACCGACCACGACGUGGACGUGUACGGCGGCGCCACCAAGGAAUCCCUGGACCCGUGCCACGCCGCCCAGAGAACCAACCCCUCCAGCCCCAAACAGUGAGGGGGGGACCGGGAGAGGUCAGCCGAGGGUGGCUGCGUUUGUGUUAUAACGAUGUAUAUCACGUUGGGGUUUACAGUGUAUUUGUCGGGGAUGGGAAGCUUGCUGGUGGACUGAAAUGUGUGACGGAGCGAUUAAGAGUAUCUGUUUUGUUUUUAGUGUUGGUGUACACGCUCAUGUGUUUACAGUGAGUUUAGUCACAGAAUCACCUUAGUGAAGGCUGCAUGGGUGGAUCUGCUUCUGGCAUGAACAGGACUCUUGUGGAGCUAUUCCAUAUUCGAUUGAUUAUUGGCUGGUUAAAAGUACCACCCUCUGGUUUAGGUAAUGAUCUGUUGGGCCAGCUGGUUACUCAGGCAGAGGGUUGGUUGGGUUUGAAUACAGUUAUGGAAUGAACCUUUAACGAUGCCAUAUCUAAGGGUUUCUUAAUUUUACCACAACGUGACACAUCUCGUGUCCGGUCGGUUGUGUUUAAUGCUAAAAUUCUGAGAUGCUCUCACGGUUGUAUUGAUUUCAGUGGGAAACAAACUGUUCAUUUUUAACUGUACUGAGUAAUGUCUGUGUACUGUUGAGUUUUCUACACCAUGAUCUGGUAAAACAGUGGUCUUAUAAAUGUAUAUUGUGUGUUAUGUAUCUCUGCUGAUGUUCGCUCUGUGCCAGUCUGCUGUAGCCUCUCACACACCUCACAGUCCUGUAAAGACAAAGAAUCUGACAGAGACACCUGACGUCGAUCGAAGCAACCAAUCAGACGCUGACAGUGUGAUGAACCGGAGUGACUUGUGUUGUAUUCUUGAAUGUAAAAACCAGAUGGAUUGUAAGCGUGUCUGCAUGAGCAAAGUCACAUUUCCUGUCACUAAAGAAACAAACUCAAAAAUGUUGAUGUCCCCAAA